CUCCUCGCAGCGUUGCUGAAUAUUUUCUUCUCAAACUCUUCCACCUCCUCAGGACUCAGUAGAGCCAUUUUACAAACCACCUCGAAGGACCACUCAGCAUCACAGUCAGAAGCUGGUGUGCCAAACGCACACUUUCAUCAUGACUGGGUGUGUCAGUGAAGAAUGACGUGGGGAUUUCUCGGAGCUGCAGGAGAAACGCUGACAUGAAGUGUUCUGAUCAGGGGGAUAAAAUACUGCGCGUACCUGAAUGCAGCUGGACCACAUUCUGCCAACAGCUAGCUUUGCCAACACUGCGAAAAUCAAAUUAGAGAGCGGCUCUACUCUCAGACUACUUCAGUGUUGCUGUGCUUGGUUGUGUGCUGCUGCCGCUGUGCGAAGAGAUCUCUGCAAAAACUCUACAGGGGCUUGUAGGCGGUGCGUUCAAGACACUGAAAGGAAAUCACAGCUUCCAUUUAACCUGACUGGUGACACUGAUGGGCUGCAGUCAUGACUGAGCCACAGAAGGAGACAUGCUAUCAUGGCCUGAUUAAUCAGGGAGCCACAUGUUACCUCAACAGUGUCCUGCAAGUUCUCUUCAUGACCACAGAGAUCCACGACAGGUUGGGUCCAGAAUCACAGACCACAGAUCAGGAGCUGAGACGCCUCUUUAACAAACUAAAAGAAAAAACAUGUGGAACAGAAAACAUCACAAAGACGCUAGAGAUAAAAAAUGUUAAUCAACAGCGUGAUGCUGCUGAAUGCCUGGAGUUGAUUUUAAAUAAGGUCAGCCCACGGGCCUCUGAGGUUUUCCAAGGACAGCUGGCAUACACAAUAAAAUGCUUCAAAGGCCACAUCAUCAAUGAAGAGACAAAUCCAUUCUGGACUCUUCCACUGCCGCUGGAAGAUACCCAAGACUCAACCUACAGUGUGGAGAGCAGCUUUAAGAGGAUUUUCCAGAUGAAAACAUACACUGGAGAUAACAGGGUGUACUGUAAUGACUGUGACGACCAGACAGACGCAACAAGUGGAUGUGUAAUGGUGGACUCCCCUCAGAUCUUGACUCUUCUCCUCAAGAGGUUUGACUUUGACUACAACACCAUGACGCAUUUCAAAUCAGACCACUGUGUGGAAGUGCCACGUGAAUUACAGUUGGAGAACAAGACAUACAAACUGUAUGGGAUGGUGGAUCACAUGGGCAGUCUAAGAGGUGGACACUACACAGCCACCGUCCUGUCUGACGAGGACAACACCUGGUAUGAGUUUGAUAAUACUCGUGUCAGCGAGGUUAAAGAGCAGCCGUUUGCCGAAACCGGGCCUUACAAGUCCAGGACUGUCUAUCUUCUCACGUACAGAGCUGCUGAGUCACAGAAGUCCCCUGAGACCAUCAAGCUGGAUGAUCAGGGACAAAACGAUGUUGAGCCAAAGAGAAGUUCAGUAGAAAGCGAUGCUGAUGAUGGACGUAAGGGACAAAUAAGGCAGAACGACACAGAUGAGGUUCAGGAGACAAGUGAUGAGGCUGUAAACAGUCAGACUGGAGGAGAGGAGGGUACUGGAGAAACUGGAACGAUUGUUUUGGAUGAUAAAGUUGUAUCAGAGACUCAGCCUGAAAGGGAGCCCUCGGACAGAGAGAAGCUUAGAGAGGAGAAGGACGAUACAGCAGGAGAGCCAGAGUGUGAAAAGUCUGGAUCACAUGAUAAAGAUGAUGAGUCAGAUGGAGAAACAAGUCACAUCAGAGACAUGAAAACUUACUGCGGAACAGCCAGUGAGGUGGAAGGUGGAAAUGUAGAUGUAGAGGCACAGGACAAGCUCAAUGUAAAUGUUGGAGAACCAUCAAAAGACUCCUGUGAACAACAUCUGGAUGGAGAGACAAAGACAGAGAGGGAGGAAGCCACAGAGUGUCAGAAGCCUGUUGAGACACCUUCAGAGGAUCAGACGGACGAGGUGGAAGAAGAACAGGGUGAAGAUAUUGUUCCUGCAGAACUGAAAGGAGACGAAGAACCAAACAGAAAAACUGACGAUGAAGAAACCACACAGAUGGGACAUGGUGCAGAGGACGAGGGACAGAUGAGAGAAGAUAGGAAAGAAGAGAGACUUCAGGCUAGAGGAGAGGAGGGUGAUGAAGAACAUGUAGAGACUGACACAUCAAUUAAUAAUCAUACAACAGUGAGUGAAGUGAAAAGUAGUGCAGAUGAAGAGACCCGGGAAAGUGAAGCCAGAAAUAUACGAGAAAACAGCAAGUCUGAGGAGUUAAAUGAAACUAGAGUUGGAGGUGCCUCUGUAAAUGUUGUAGAACAGCCGAAAGACUCCAGUGAACAACAUCUGGAUGGAGAGACAAAGACAGAGAAGGAGGAAGAAAGAGCCACAGAGUGCCAGAAGCCUGUUGAGACACCUUCAGAGGAUCAGACGGACGAGGUGGAAGAAGAACAGGGUGAAGAUAUUGUUCCUGCAGAACUGAAAGGAGACGAACCAAACAGAAAAACUGACAAUGAAGAAACCACACAGAUGGGACAUGGUGCAGAGGACGAGGGACAGAUGAGAGAAGAUGGGAAGGAAGAGAGACUUCAGGCUGGAGGAGAGGAGGGUGAUGCGGAAAAAGUAGAGACCGGCACAUCAAUUAAUGAUCAUACAACAGUGAGUGAAGUGAAAAGUAGCGCAGAUGAAGAGACCCGGGAAAGUGAAGCCAGAAAUAUACGAGAAAACAGCAAGUCUGAGGAGUUAAAUGAAACUAGAGCUGGAGGUGCCUCUGUAAAUGUUGUAGAACAGCCGAAAGACUCCAGUGAACAACAUCUGGAUGGAGAGACAAAGACAGAGAAGGAGGAACAAAGAGCCACAGGCUGUCAAAAGCCUGUUGAGGCCACUUCUGAAGAUGUGACAGAGGAGGUGAAAGAAGAACAGAGUGAAGAUUAAGUGAGAGGAGACGAAGUGGAACACAAAAACUUCUACACUGUUAGAUAUGAGGCUUUAACUGCAUUAUUUUCCCUCGAACAAACUUGAUUUUCGUCUUGCAUCAAAUUUUCAAUUACUGCUCAAAUCUCUGUUUUGUCUCAGGACACCGUUGAGUCUGCGCUCACACCUUCUCUUAUCAGUUUCUCAAGGUCAGACACAAAGAUAAACUCAGUGAGGUGGUUAAUAACUGUCACUGUGCAGGAAACUGUUCAAAUCAACACAUUUUUUCCUCUUUCUCCUGUAUUUUAUGUGCUGUACACAUACAAUGACCAGCUGUCCCAAUUAAA